GUGAUCCAAAACAAACAUCUGUAAUACAAUAUUUCCAACGUUACAUGAAUGUUUGAGCUCAAGUAGUUGGAACCUGAACAAUAAUUAACAAAACGUUAUCAAAGAAAUUAUAGCCAAAGCAGACGUUGUAACGAAAAUGGACGAAGAAAAGAAAUCACCGACUUCAGCCAAACGAGAAGUAACAAAAAAAACCGUACGAGUAACUGUUAUUGGAGACUCAUCGUCUAAUACCGUGGGGUUCCUCAGAAGCGUUCUGACAGGCGCUGGUUCAGCAGUUGCUGUCGAGGAGGCCUCAUCUUUGAAGUUGACAACACAACGCAUCAUCAAAGACGUGUUUCUUAACUCCAAUCAAGCCAAAAAGGGAGUGAAAUCGAUCGAUAAGAAGUUGAAGAAUGUGAAAGAGCAGCAAGUCAGACUCAUCUUGACGGCCGAGACGGAAAAAAAUACAGACAUAGUAGUUCAAAGAUCGGAUGCAGUCAUACUGUUAUUCAAUCUUUGCGAUUCAGACAGUUUACAACGCGCUCUAAGAAUCAAGGAGAUUAUGGAUGAUCAAGGAUUUGCACCAGGUUCGAUAUUGCUUUUUCUUGUGGGCAAUGGUUCAUACGAUGAGAAUGAGCUGAGCAAAAACGAGAUUCAGGAGCUAGACAAAAAACACAAACUUAUCGCUGCUGAAUGCAAACUACAGAAGUAUUUUGAAGUGUCUUCAGUAUCAGGACACAAUAUUACGGGUUGCAUGACAGACGUCAUAAAGCAUGUUCUGUUACAAGAUAACUUUAGUGAUACCACAUGCUUUUCGCAUGUCUGAUCUAGAAUUCUCAUGCAAAGAAAAAGCACCGUACUAUGAAUUUUAUAUUUCAUAUUUGGGUGAGCACACAAAAAUCGGGGGCGUUCAACAGUGCCGAAGUACAACAGUGCCCAAAAAGGCGGGAAUAAUUUACAGGCAUUUUCUAAAGAGAGGGAAAUUACUGGCGCUAAUUAUCAAAGAAAAUCACUCCAAUUUUGGCGCCAAUAUGUCUGCAACUGCAAAGUAAACAAUUAUUUUGGCGC